AUGUCAUAUCCACAAUUUGGAUAUCCCUACUCGUCUGCUCCACAAUUCCUGAUGACAACCAACUCUCUGACAACUUGCUGCGAAUCCACCGGCAGAUCCAUAGCGGACUCCGGCGUCGCGGCGUCCGCCCAGACGCCCGUGUACUGCCCCGUGUACGAGAGCCGGCUGCUGGCCACCGCCAGGCACGAGCUGAGCUCGGCCGCGGCGCUCGGCGUGUACGGAAGCCCGUACGCCGGCGGCCAGGGCUACGGCAACUAUGUGACCUACGGCACGGACGCCUCGGCUUUCUACUCCCUGGGUACGUUUGACACGAAAGAUGCCACCGCUUCUGCGCAUGCGGGGAUAACGCAGGCUGCAGCCUACUACCCCUAUGAUCCUACUCUGGGCCAGUACCAGUAUGACAGAUAUGGAUCCAUGGACGGGGGCACGAGGCGGAAGAACGCCACACGCGAGACCACCAGCACGCUGAAGGCCUGGCUGCAGGAGCACAGAAAGAACCCCUACCCCACCAAAGGCGAGAAGAUCAUGCUGGCCAUCAUCACCAAGAUGACCCUGACGCAGGUCUCCACCUGGUUCGCCAACGCCAGGAGGAGGCUCAAGAAGGAGAACAAGAUGACGUGGCCCCCAAGGAACAAGGGAUCAGACGAGAAGAGAUACGAUGAGGAUGAGGACGGCUCUCAGGAGGAGCAAAUCAAAAGCGAAAACAACGACAACGACAGCCGAGGUCGGGCCGAUAAGGAUCUGCAGCUGAGCGACCUGGACGACUUCGACACCAUCGAGUCGGAGAGCUCGGAGUGUGAACUCAAACACCAGUACCACAUGAACACCCACAUGACGACGGCCGACUGUCCCGGCGAGCACCUCAAAGACACGGCUCUCAAAAUCCCCGUUCCGGAGCAGGAGCUGAGCAAAGGCUGUCUAAAAACCACCCCGGAGAGUUACGAGCAGGAGAACAGACAGCAAACAAAGACGUGCUACCAGCAGCAGCAGCAACACCAUCAUCAACAACAACAACAACAACAGGGCCACCAGAUAUUAGACGGCAAACCCCGGAUCUGGUCUUUGGCCCAAACGGCGACAUCUUUGAAUCAGACUGAGUACCCGUCGUGCAUGCUGAGGUGCCAACCUCCGUCGUCCCCCGCUAAUACCUCCCCCAACGGCAUGGACAGGCAAGACUCGCCGGUCACAACUCUGAGGAACUGGGUUGACGGGGUCUUCCACGACCCCCUGUUAAGGCACAGCACUUUGAACCAGGCCCUGACCAACACCGCCGUCUCUUGGACCACGACCAAAGGCGCCAUUCUGGAGAGCGGCGGACACGUCAGCAAAGGACUCGCCGCGGUGCAACCGCAUCAAGAGUCCGCCAAAGACAGUGCCGCGAGUUUUCCAAAGACUGUCAACAAACUUUUCUGCUCGUAA